AUGUCGAAAGCAACUAAGGUGAAAUAUGUGCACCGCGAAGUUUUGGAAGACUUCGUUCUGCCUGAGCCGCAUCAGGUGAUUGUCAAAGUGUUCGCGGGUCGUGGGAACAAUCUUCACGAAGUAGUCAACGACACAGGUGAUAAAUUCCUCGUAUCGAUGCCGGUCAAGUUCCGCAGGAAUGUCUGGGUCAAACGCGGAGAUUUCGUCGUCAUUGAGCCUAUUGAGGAAGGCGACAAGGUUAAAGCAGAAAUUAUAUCAAUUCUGUACAAGCAACAAAUCAAAUACAUCAAGGAGGAAGGUCUCUGGCCCGAUGGCUUCUGCGACGGGAGCGAAACGAGGAAUGGAUCUGGAGACAAUGACGAUGAAGUUGAAGAGGAGGAGAUAUUCGUCAAUACCAAUCGAGUACAAACUACCUACGAGGAAUCAGAUGAGGACGAUUCCAGCUGUGAUGAAGGGGACGAAGAUACGGACAACCAUGACGAUAGUGAGCUCAAAGAGGAACCUGUUUGA